GAGUGACGGGGUAUUCUGCAGUUACUUUAUUUGUCAUUUGACAAUAAACGCUUAUUCCCCUGGCUCCGCAGAUAGCAGUGCUAAUCGAGUAAUCGAGGCGGGAUUUUUCUGUGCAAAAAAGUCAAAGUUUUUCACUGAUAGAAAAAAAAAAACGCACGCACUAGCACAAACGCAUAUACAACUUCUACGAAGACGAUAAACAAAUACAGCACGAGCCACUUCUCAAAAAAAAUUAACCACGCAAUAAAUUAUAACUUUACUCCGUUACCCGUGUCAUCAAGGGUUUCGAGCUUUUGCUUACCAAUUAUCGUUCAUAUGUUAAUUUUCUCUCCUCACCAAGUUAAUUUGUAAACUCACUAAUAUCACACUUGACAUUGCUAGGCAACAACCCCUGAUUCAAGUGUCCACUAUUUGCAUAAUCGAAUUGUGCGUGCAUCACGCUUCGAACGUUGAGUAUUUCGAGUGCAUGAGAAAUGCCCUUUGAUGGCAAGUUUGAGUAGUUUAAAAGCAACAAUGUGGAAGAGUAUGGAGAGAUACGUCACCUGGUCUGGGACCGAGUAACUCUUUCAGCGUCCAAAUUCUUCAGAUGGCCUUGGAAUUGUUUGGAAGACAAAGGCAAGCAAAAUCCGACAGCACAACAACAAGCAAGGCAAGGUAAACUUAGGUCAUUUUGGAUAAUUCAAGGAGUUCUUGCUUGAAGUAAGGAGUGCUCCACAUGGGUGCAGCUUGUACAAGAUCGCUGAAACAAACCAAGCAUGAAAAUGCAUGUCCCUCUUCAACAACGGCAUCAAAUGAUUCUGGCAUCAGAACGAAUGCAGGAUCGACAUUGUCUCCAGGCUCUGUCAUAUUUGAUGAACCUACAUCCUCAGAAUCCAGAGCUUCAUUAGCAGACACAAGGAGCACUUUGCACCAGUCUCCUGAGCUUUUGGCAAGAUAUAGGAGAGUCAUGGGAGGAGCCUUGGAACAAAAAUUGACCGCUAAGACCAAGAUCAUCCGCAUCUUUACCAGUUCUACAUUUACAGAUAUGGCGGCUGAAAGGAAUGCCCUGAUGGAGAGAAUCUAUCCAAAAUUAAAAGAGUUUGCACAAGAGAAGGGUUACGAAUUUCAGGUCGUUGAUAUGCGUUGGGGUGUCCGGGACGAGUCCACUGAUGAUCAUUCUACACUGGAACUGUGCUUAAAGGAACUUAAAGCCUGUCAGGACCUUUCAACUGGACCUAAUUUUAUGGCAUUUCUAGGCCAAAAGUAUGGUUUCCGCCCGAUUCCAUCCAAAAUACCUUUAAAAGAAUUUGAAGAGCUCCUCAGCAAAAUGAUAGAUCAAGAGGAGAAAGCAUUGCUGAAAAUGUGGUUUAAAUGUGACUUGAACGCAGUACCACCAAUAUACGUCCUGCAGCCAAUCAGCUAUCACAUUCCUAACAACCUCUGUCACGAUGCUGAUCAGAGGAAAGUCGCUUUGCAGAAAUGGAAUCAGGUUUUUUCUCAGAUUCAGUACGUGCUCAGACGAGAAGCAAAAACGUUAAAUGGAGCUGCAAAUAUAGACAAAUUGCACAAGUAUUUUAUGUCAGUGACCGAAAGCGAGAUUCGCAGCGGUGUUCUAUGCGGACCAAACCCGGAUGAACAAUGUUUGUGGAUAAGCAGAAAUAUCCGGGACCUGGAGGAUAACUUGCAAAGUGAGAACGCCCACUACUUCAUUGAUAUCAAGUAUGAUACAAAGGAAAUCGACACUGAUGCGCAAGAAAUGUUACAGCAACUAAAGGACCUUAUGAUUUUGGCUGUACCUGCCUCAAAUAUCAGGACAUUUGAAGUUAACUGGGACUCUGAGGGGAUUUCUCCAUCUACGAUAUCUGAGCACGAAGAGUAUAUAGAUAACUUGUGUGGCGAAGUCGAAUAUUUGAUGAAAGAAAAGAUCAUUCACUCCAUAAACAAGAGAAUCAGAGAGGAUGUUAGUGAUCUACUUUACGAGGAAGUUGUGCAACAUUUGAAGUUUUGCCAGACCAAAUGUGAGACGUUUUAUGGACGAAAAGAAAUACUGGCUCGAUGCAGAGCUUACCUCCAGGAGGAUAGAUGUGACCCGCUCGUGAUUCACGGUCAGUCAGGGUGUGGCAAGACCUCAGUGGUUUCUAUGUCGGCGAGAGAAGCCAGGAAUUGUUUCAGCCAAUCGAACAUUGUCAUUCGAUACAUUGGAACGACGCCGGAUUCUUCACAAGUUCGUCUCCUUCUUUACAGUGUUUGCCAACAAAUAUGCUUUAUCUACGGCCGAGACCCCACCAAAAUUAGACAGGACAUGAAAGACCUUCAGGAAGAUUUCAUAACCUGCCUUAGCCUUGCCAACUCAGACGAACCGCUUUUCAUUUUCCUUGAUUCUCUCGAUCAGUUUGGUCCUGAAGACAACGCAAGAAAACUUACUUGGCUACCCACAGUUCUCCCCAGCCACGCUAAACUCGUUAUUUCUACCUUACCUGACAGCCAGUACGAGUGCUUCCCAAUUUUAGAGUCUAUUCUCAAAGAAGAGAGCUUUGUAGAGGUUCCAAAGCUGCCAGAAGAAGACGCAUUCCAGAUUCUCAACAAUUGGCUGAAUGUUGCUGGCAGAACUCUCUCUUCCUCACAGGAAGUCAUUGUUAGAGAGGCUCUCCAAAAGUGUUCUCUCCCAAUCUUUAUCAGAGUAGCGUGUGAUGAAGCCCUGAGAUGGAAGUCCUACUCCUCGCCUAGCAAGACUGUACUUCAAGAUACUGUCAGAGGUGCUGUAAAUGCUUUGUUUGAGAGGAUUGAGCUUCAGCAUGGAAGAAUAUUGGUGCAGCAAGCUCUCGCUUACAUUACUGCUGCAAAGAGCGGAUUGACUGGAACUGAAAUAGAGGACUUACUAUCCUGCGAUGAUCGCGUCUUGGAUGACGUUUAUCAGUACUGGACACCACCCAUCAGACGCAUUCCUCCGUUGCUUUGGGUCCGAAUAAGGAGCGACUUAGCAGGUUACCUCGUGGACAGAGGCGCAGACGGUGCAAGUGUUAUUACCUGGUACCACAGACAAUUUAUUGAGGCCGCAAGAGCUAGAUAUUUCUCUUCAGAGGACGAAAGAACAUUAAACCAUCGGGCUUUGAGCGAUUAUUUCCUGGGUGUGUGGGCAAACGGACGAAAGAAGCCAUACCAGACGAAUAAAGGAAAAAUCCUGGAAGCUGACCGUUUUGUUUCUCAUCAACCGUGGACAUUUGAGGGAAACAAAAAGUCAAAGAAUUUCAAUUACCGCAAAAUAAAUGAGCUCCCCUACCAUUUGGUGUUGUGCAAUGACGUCGAAACAUUAAAACGAGAGGUACUUUGUAACUUCAAAUUCCUUCUUACCUGUUUAGAAUCAAGUUCUCUCCGAGACCUUAUGGAUGAUUUUGAUUUUGCCCUUGAGAAAAUCGUCGACGACGACAUCCAACUUGUGAAGGAAACCUUACAACUUUCUACCUUUGCUCUACUACAACAUCCAGCGCAGCUGGCCACACAGCUACUCGGACGUGUUAAAACCUCAAACUCGAAUCAUGUCAAAGAUUUGUUGGACCAGGCCAGAAACCCAUGGCAACCUUGUCUGUUGCCCACUUCUGUGUGUUUAACAUCACCUGGUGGACCUUUAAUUCAUUCGAUGUCUGGGCAACAAAAGCCAUCAUCCGCUAUCAGUGCUAGUGCGGAUGGCAAGCUUAUUGCAAGUGCCUCCAUCGACACAACUUGUUCGGUCUGGGAUGUCAAGUCAGGAAGAUUGAUGCGAACGCUGGAAGGAGUAGGUGAUGAUGUCUGGUUUGUGGUCAUAUCCCCCGACAAUUCAACAGUUGUGACCUCAAAGCCUGGUUCUAUAUCUGCUUGGAGGCUUUCUACCGGCCAAAGGGUGUUUUCUCUGGAAGGGCAUAGAGUGGUGGCACCAAUUUGCGUUUUAAAACGCUACAGUACAGUUUUGUUAGUGACGAUUUUUAACCAGCACAUCAAGCUAUUUAACUUGCGUACAGGCAAUCUGAUUAAAGAAAUUUAUGACGAUAUGCUACCAAAGAAGACCGCAAUAUUAUCACCGGUGAUUUUGUCUUCUUUUAAUGAGCAUGUUCUCUAUGCAAGCAGGGACAGUUUAUCCACAGCCACUUCGUCAACGAGUUGGAUCAGAGCUACUCAUUUAGAAACCGGUGAAGUAGAGAAGAUGCAGAUCAGUCCUGGCUUCACGGUACAAUUUAUAGGUGUCACAGCCUUUGACACGUUGCUUUUAGUGAUGAGUGAUGGAGCACCAGAUUCCAGGAGGGGAUCAGCCGUUCUGACCAAUUUUUUCAUUGUGGAACUUUGGGAUGUUACAAAGAAAGUUCCACUUCGUAAGCUUGCAGACCUCUCAGAGAAGGUACGAUGCUAUGCAUUAUCGUCGGACAAAUCAAAAGCUUUGACACUUGGAGACUCAAGGUUUUUAUCAAAUGCUAACAUUUUCCGAGCUGCAUUAAAAGUGUUUGACUUGGAAUCUGGGCACAUUACUGAACAAAGGUUGACCUACCCAAGUACUAUUCACCUGGUGGAGUUUGUCGAUUUUAAUCACGUUAUUACGGCAUCUCGGGACAAGAUCGUUCGACUGUGGGAUUUAGAAAGAAAUAUUUCGUCGCUGGAUGAAGAAAAUGACGAGGAAGACGAGCUAGAAGUCGUCAGUAUCUUUAGGUACCAUGCGAUCUGCUGGGAGAAAAAUGGAGUACGUCUAAUAAAUUUUCAAGGCGGAGAUUUCAUCCAGUUUAAGAAUGGAAUACAACCUCAAGUAGUUUUUGUUGACGACAGUCGAGUCGUCUUGGUGUCAUCUGGAAAGAUGCACUUGUUUGACUUGAACCAGAGACAAUUUAUCCGUCAAUUUGAUGGGGAUACCUGUCAAGGAGGUCUACCAAACAGCUGUUUUGUUCGCAAACAGGCUCAGGUGAUUGCCAUAUCUGACGAUCAGCGGUCUCUAUAUGUGUUCCAUAUCUGCGAUGGAAGGAGAAUAGAUCAGUUGAAAUGCGAACACAUCAUUAGACUAGUACACUCCCAAGAUGGCGAAAUCUGUGUCUGUGGACACAGCGUAACAGACGACGAAGAUGAGGCCAUGUCGCGGUAUAGCUACUCUGUGUGGGAUAUGAAUGAGAGGAUGUGCAUCCAAAGAAUCCUCCUGGAAGAAUCUCAAGCAGAUUUCAGUGAAAUGCAGUUGGCUACAGAUGGGAACCUCCUUUCAGAUAUAGUCUACGAUCUUGGAACCAAGCUCUACACUGCAGUUGUGUAUGAAGUGCAUACAGGAAGGCUUCUCUUAAAAUCCCAAACGGAACACCAUGUGCAUUCAUUAGCCAUAAUCUCUAAAACAAACACAUUAAUUUUGGGCUUGUUUGAUGGCACUAUGGAGCUCUACGACGUAGGAAAUGGAACGUGCGUUCACAGGCUUAUGCAUGCGCACCUCGGUGCCAUUCAUCGAAUUUACACCACUAACGAUGGCUCUGUUGCUAUGACAACUGCAGGGGGAUUAGACUCGAAGGAUCGCUCAAUUUGCUUCUGGAGACUGAGCAAGACCAAGCUCACGCUUUUUACUGUGUUUACACCAGAUGCCAAGGUAUCAUCAAUGAACCUUUCUGGUGAUGGCCAGCUAGUUGCUCUAGAAAUAACUGAAGUAGUUCCCUUCGUUCUUGUAAAAGAAACACAGCGAGAAGUAUCUCGAUUUAGCGACAUUGAUCGAUUCACUUGUAACUAUAUUGUAGAUUUAGCGGACUUGAAGGUCCUUUAGACAUGAUUUAGCCCCUGCUCGUUAGACCUUGUGCAAAAUAUUCAUUUAAAUUUGAGAGCAAGUGCAUGCUAAUUCAAAGUGUGAGGACUCCAAAGUAUCAUUCAAACAUGUGUUGCUGAUAAUUUGUAAACAUGUAAAGUUAAUGAGCCACAUUCUUUCGCCAGAAAGUGACGAAAAGCAUUAAUAAAAAAUUAUUUGUGUC